CCACGAGGAUGCAACUCGGGCACUCAAUGCCCGAUUGUUGGACCUGGAACAAGCUGUACCAGGACCAGCUGCUGAAGCUUCCAGCAGUGCACCCUCAAGCCGCCAACUGGAGGACCGCGUUGACCACGUAGUGGCAAUGCUCGGCGACAUCAGCACCUUCGCUGCGCCGACCACCACCAUCAGCAGUCAGCUGCAUACAUUGAACACCGAGGUCCAAAAGCUGCAGUCGACGAACGCGGACGACAAUCCGAAGAUGUACAAGAUGCCAACUUUCAACCUGGAAAGGUUCGACGACUACACGCAGCAGGAUCCCGUCCUCUGGUGGGAAGCAUUCACAACGCAACUCAGGAUGCUGCCAGUAGCCAACCAUGCGUACAUCGGCGCCCUGUUCCUGGACUCAAAGGGCGGAUGCCAGACCUGGUUGAGCCACCUGGCAACCUCCCACGGCGUCGACGUACCAGACUUGAAGGACGUAAUCACAUGGGAGGAACUAACACGGCUGUGGAAGAAGCGGUUCAUCGUCGACGACCCGCCGACACUCGCCAUCAACCGUUUGUUCACCAUGUCACAGGGCAACACAGCAACACRGGACUGGCUCACGGAGUGGCAGAAGAUUGCGGCUGUGCCCAAUCUGAACCUACCAUUUGAGCAUCUACGCCGUGAGUUCUACAACAGGUCCUGUGCGGCAUUGAGCCAGGCUCUUGGUGAUCGCGAGCAGUACUCAACCUUCGCGGAGAUCAUUGACAAAGCGAGGGAGAUCAUCAAGACCAACAGGUCAGCUGCAGACGAGAAAUCAACAUCAUGGCAGACAACCUAUGUGGAGAAGGUACGAACUGGUCCGCGACAGCAGCACUUCGCUGCAGUCCAGCAGGACAGUGGAGAUAACCCAGCAGUCACUCCAGCAUCAAGUGACGGAGAUCAGGUGGCCGCUGUCCAGCAGCGAAGCACCAACAAGUCCCGCAACAAUGGAAAGGCGAACUCCGCAUCGCAGGCCGGAAAUGGACAGCCAGGACAGUUUCCAUGGGUCAAGUUUGGCUUGACCGAGGCGGAGUACAAGGUCCGCGGCCGCUACGGCAGCUGCUAUUGGUGCAACAGCACCAAGCACAAGACCUCCCUGUGCCAAGAUCAGGGCAAGGAGGAUGUGCGACCCCGCCACAGCUCGGGAAACUGAGCUGCGCGGAAGGUUUCUAGGGUUUCCUCAGUAUUUACUCCCUCUCUAUGGACAGACGACGACGGGGAUUGAUCCAAAGAAAAGGUGUUUAGCUGCUGCAGGAUUUGCUUUGAAACACCACUUCUCCUGCACCAUCCAAUCUGAUGGAUGGGUGGACAGAUUAGAUCGGGGAAACUAUCGGUAGUGGGGCGGAGGCUCUCAGAUCAAUGGCGGUGAAAAGUACAAUCCAAAUGAAGAGGGUAGCGAUUGUGUGCAAUUGGCCAGGGACGUACAAAGUUCAACUCACUCUCACAGACGAUAGGUAUCCCGAAUACCCUGGUUGGAGCAGGCUGAACAUUCAGCCAGGCACUUCGCCCUCAUGCAAUCUCUGCCCUAGAUUCCACCGUGGUAGAAUUGGGAACGAGACACAAGCUCUCGGAUAUGGCAGACAGCGCUCACCUCGUUACCUCAAUCUCCAUCGUCAUCGUCGUAGUCUAUUUUCCUCAUCAGGCUGCUGUGCAAUGAACCCAGAUCGUGAAGUCACUCGUCAACAAUGCAAGCCCAGAUGAAUGUCAACCAGGUGAUGAUUACCAAUAGUCAAAAUCGUGUCCAGAUAGAAUGAGAUGAGAUAAUCAUACACAGACGAAGGAGAGAGGAGGGAGAUUAGACAAAGGAGAGGAAAUAAAUACAAGGCCCACUCCUGCUUCGGGCUCCCUCCUCGAUCACCACCUCAAUAAUCAAUAGUCUGAACAAGU